AACAAUACUGACUGUCCUCUUCAGUUGAUUUAGCAUUUUAAACCCAACAAAAUUCUUGAAGUGUUUGUGCAUCUUUCUUAACUGCUGUAUAUUUGGGAAUUUAAUGCAUGACAAAGGAAAGAUGAGUGAUGCUAAUAUUGCCUAACAGUGCGGUAUACAUCUUUACAAAGCAAACGCUGCUCUAUAAAUGUUCCUUAUGGCCAGAGAACACACACUGACCCCAGUCCUGUGAAUAGAUGGAUGUGUUGUGUUGUGGAGUGCAUUCAGCUCCACCCACCCUGGCUUCUCCAUCUGAGAUCAGGAGCUCUUUCUAGGUGAGUGUGUUGCUGAGGAGCAUCUACAGCAUGUGCACUUACAGCGAACGCGGUGCCAUCAGACGCUCCGGACCGUGAGCGCGAGCGCUUGGAUGAUGCCGCCGGCUGUGUCGCUGACGCUCGUCUGCGCGAUGUUGUGCGUCUCCGCGUGCGUCGCGUCGUGUCCGCUGCGCUGCGAGUGUUCUGGAGCUCAGCGCACGGUGCGCUGCGCGUCUGCCGCGUUCCUCCGGGUCCCCGCCGCGAUCCCGAGCGACGCGAGCAGCCUGAUCAUCACCGGAAACGCGAUUCACAGACUCGACCACAGCGCGUUCAGCGGACUGCAGAACGUCACACACCUGAACCUGAGCAACAAUGGCAUUAUGGAGAUCGGAUCGCAUGUGUUCUCCUCUCUGCUCACGCUGCGUUCUCUAAUCCUGAACAACAACCAGCUGGUUCUGAUCCACCCCGAGGCGUUCUCCGUGCCUGGCAGCCCGCUGCAGGAGCUCAGCCUGCGCUCGUCGCUCUAUAACUACUCGUCUCUGACCGACCUCAUCACCGCCCUGCGCUGGGGAGAGCUUACAAACCUGCUUCGCCUCGAUCUAUCGGGCAACAGCCUCGUCCUCUUACCCCCGGGGAUGUUCGCUCCUCUGCCGAACCUGCAGCAUCUGCAUCUGCGCAACAACUCUCUGGUGGCCAUCUACAACAGCACGUUCUCUGGUAUCGAGCAACUUCUAGAGCUGGACUUGACUGGAAACGCCUUCAGAACGAUCAGCGACGAGGGUCUGCGUGAGCUGGAGCGAUUCAGUGGGGUGCGUCUGCUGUUGGGUCAGAAUCCUUACGUGUGCACAUGUGAAGCGCAAGAGCUUGCCAACUGGCUAAACAGUUCAAAGGUUAGGGUGGGCGAUGCGGACAGGCUGUAUUGCGAGUUCCCUGCUGCUCUGCGUGACGUGUCUUUGCGGGGUCUUAGCGCGCAGGCGUUGGGGUGUUACGGUGAAGUGCACGAAGAGAUCACCGACUUGUCCCUACAAACUUCCUAUGUGUUCCUUGGAUUAGUGCUGGGAUUCGUAGGCAUGGUCUUUCUCUUUGUUGUCUACCUCAACCGAAAGGGUAUCAAGAAAUGGAUCACAGACAUAUAUGAAGCCUGUCAAAAUGUGCUGGAAGGGUAUCAUCACCGUUACGAGAUCGACUCUGACCCACGACUGGGGCACGUUUCACACGGUCACCAGGGUCGGCCUCAAAUGGACCAGCGUUUGGCGCACAUCUCUACUGACGCCCGUAUCUCACAGAUCCCAUCCGAUGUAACACUAUAACUGUACAAUGAAGUCAUUUCUAUAGAAAUGUUUGUAGAUGCGGUAUUAUGUCCUGAUAUUUCAGUUUGUAGCAAAGUGGUGUGCUUGACAUUUUCUAAAUAGACAUUUAGCGGUUGGCAGAUACCAUUAAUUAGAGAGAUGUGUGACUGGUAACCGAUGCAAUGCCAAUAAAUGCAUGAUAUAAGCUAAUACAAUAUGCAAUUUAAUUGGAAAACAUCCACCAAUGCAAGAAGAGUCAACACAAAAA